GCAGCACUCGUCAUACGAAAUAAAAGAGAAAUUAUUACAAGCUCUGGACAGCGAAUACAAUGUUGUGGACAUGGAUGCAGUUUUGGAAGUUAUUACUGCAUUGGAAAAAGCCAUUAUAACAAAAGAAGCAUUAGAAACUUGUUGAAGCCUCAAAACCCGUCAUUAUUAGAUUUUGGAAGAUGUUCUUUUCCUUCUAAUAGAUAUUUGUCUGGUGCUUUGAAAGCGAUUAAUUUUCACUGAUGACCUUCUUGACAUUGUAUUGACUUUUAUACUUUUCAAGCAAUUUUUAUUAAGAGCAGUGUCAAUUUGAAUUAACUUCCUGUGUUAUUUUGUACUGCUUUUCUAUAGCCUGGUUUCAACAGAAAACUAGAAUUGGAAAGUAUAUAAAUGAAUUGAGGAAAAGGACUAAAAAUGAACAGUUGGCUCGGAGAGCAAAAGAGUUGGUUAAAAGUUGGAGAAAACUUUUACCUCAGACAUCUCAGAGAGUUAAUGGAGAAGAAACCCACAACAGUAUUGUAUCAUCACAUGGUGGUAUGACUGUAUUAGGUCCAGGUCCUGGUCCAGGCAUUGGACCAGGACCUGGACCAGGAAAUCGAACAAUUAAAGCAUAUGUUUCAGUGCCUGGAACUCCAAGAUACAAAACUUCAAGUCCAUCAGUGAUGAUAGAACGAUCUUCUAGUCCCUAUUUCUCUAGUGCCUCAAAUAGCCCAUUAUUAAAUUCUACUGUAUUUCAGGGAUCAAGCUUACCAUCAAUGCCAUCUAACUAUGCUCCUGUUAAAUCGGGAACAUGCCCGACUUCAAGGACAGAUGCUAAUUCUGUAAACAAAACCUUACUUAACACUAGUAAUCAAAGUAAAAACCUGACUUCCAGUCAAAACUUCAAGCCUGUUAGUCCAUCUGUUCUGAAACAAGACAUAGUGACAUCCAGUGGAACUUGUAUUUUGCCUUCUCGGACUUCUCUUAGCACAAGCCCGGGGCUUAGGAGCAAUUCAAAUUCUAGUAGUCCUUUAUUAAUUGCAACUGUGAAUGUGUGUUCUCAAAAUGUUUCCCCAGUGUCAGCAUUUUCAGUCACCCAUUCCAGUCUGGACCUGUCUAAAACAAAUGCUGCAAAUAAGCGGUUACGAAAAGAAAAAGCUUUAACGAACUAUGCAACAACUACAGAACUAACUGCAAGUGAUGCAAAGACUAAAAUUGGUAAUGGAAUGAGUGACGCCACUGAAAAUAAUUUACCUAGUGAGAGUUCAGCAUUCGACAGUGUUACUUCAUGCCAUUCCAAUUCUGUUGAUGGUGAUAAGACACUUUUAAAUACUCCCACAAGAAAUCCAAAGAGAAAAAGGAGCUUUGAUAACAAAAAUGAGCUUCAAGAAAAUCGGUUGGGAGAUAUGAUAGCUUCCUUGCCAUCUGGUGCAAAGCUUCCAAAAGUCAAAACAACACAACAACUUAUUGCCGAUUUACAAGCUAAAAAAGGUUUCAGUACUGUUCUGUCAUCAGAAAGUUUGACUUCUGUUGAUAGUCUUCACAGUUCUGAGGCUGAAGUCUCGCGAACAAAAUCUGAAUUGUUAAAAAAAUUCUUAAUAUCUUCACAGUCUGUCAGAAGUGAAAACAAUCGAGAAAGCCCAGUCGAUGAAUCUAGCGUUUCAGUAAGUGAUUAUGGUUCCCGUUCUGUUCCAGAUGUUUCUUCUGUGAUAAAUACGAACUUGGAUGUUUCCUCUAGCAUUUCUCAUCCUCAUCCUGAUCCUGCUGAUGAGGAAGUAAACAAGAUUCUCUCAGUUCUACCCCCCAUAAAUCCAGCUGAAAUAAACCUUGAUGAUUCUUCUCCACCACCUAGGCGACGAACAUCUGUCACAGAUGGUGACUUAAAUAGGUUGAAUACUCGUUGGGAAUAUGUAAAUGGUGUAUAUGAUUGCAAUGGUACUUGGAGACCAUGGCAGGAAUGUACUGAACAAAAAUCUUAUAUGGAGGAAAGCUUUCAAAUAUUGCCUUAUGUAAAUAUUGAUUAGAUAUUAAAUUGUACACAAUGCAUUAAGGAAAUCAUUUCCUUUUUUUUAAAUACAGUACAGUGUAAAGGAAGCUUUCUGGUAAAGAAUAUAUAUUUAAUCAAUUUGAAGAAUGUGAUAACGAAAUUAAUUUUUAUAUAUAUUUUUUGUUACAGAAAUGCAUACAGAUAUUUUUUUGCCUCUAUUUCUUUUAUUUAUUUUUUACAGAAAAUUUAAUGAAUUGUAAAAAUAUUUCAAUUGAAAUUAAAUUUAAUUCUAAAUAUAGAACAAAAAGAUAUUUGGGAAAAAAAACUUAAGUUUUGCUUUGCUAAAAUAUUUUAGUACAUGAAGAAUUGACAUAUUGAAUUAAAGAUAUGGAAAUUCAUGUAUCAUUCUAAGUCAUUUCAUUUAUAGUUGGCAUUAAAAUGUCAGUUAUAGAUUAGCUUUAUUUAUUUAAUCAGUUUGUUUUUUAUAUUUUAUUCAUUUUGAUGGCUGUGUUUUCCUGUUAAGAUAAAAAAAAAAAAAACUUAUCAAUGUGCAACACUAUAAAGAACUUCUUGUUUUUUUAAUGUUUUCUUUUGUUGCUGUUGUUUGCAAAGUAUAAUUACAUUUCCAAGAUUCAUUUUCUAGUUUAGGUUCUUUGAUUACCUUGGAGCCUAAUCUUGCUGUCAGUGUGAAUGUUAGACACUGUAAUAUUGCAUUUUAAAUAUUUGAUAAAAUUGAUAUAAUGUUGAUUCUAUUCAUGGUUAUUACUCAAAUCCAGAUUAUUUGUUAUGGAUAUACUCAUUGAAUUCACAAAAUCUUACAAAAGUGUUAAAUUUGGGAUUGUUCAGUCACUUUCUGUAGAUGUUUUGUUAAAGUAAAAUAUUGGUUUAGCAUUUAAAAGUUAUUAUAAUACUCAGUGUUAAGACAUGUAUAAAGUUUCAUUAAUCAAAUUGCGGGCACUUUUUCCCUCGCUCGCAGCUAAUGUGACCGAAUCUACUUUGUUGAUCUUGUUUAAUACUCAUUGUUAGUUUUUCACUCCUUUUUAGAGAAAAUGAAAUACUCAAUUAUAAAAGGUUAUACAUAAGAGAAUUUUAUGUAUAAAUAUAACAUUUAUGAGUUGGCCUUGAACAUUUUUAUUCGUUGUUUUUAAUAUUCCUUCAAUGCACAAGCAAGACUGGAAAUGUUAUUUUCCCACUGCCCUUAAUUCAAUUUUGAGAAAUCUCUUUGGUUCCCUUCCCUUUUAUUUCCAAGAAACAUAACAAACUUGCUCACUGACUUCCUUCAUUGGAUUACAUCCAUAUUUGUUGAUAUGCAUGUAUAUCCAAUGUGGUUAUAAAUAUUUGUAUACUCGUAAAAGAUGAGUUUUCAUUUUAAACAACGCAUUUCUAUGUAUUAAUGUGGAAGUUUUAUCACAGAAUAUCUGAAAGUUCAUAAACUUUGUUAAGGUAUUGAAAUAAUUGUGGCUUAACUGUGAUUUUCUGCAUUUUAUUUUGGCUCCCUAUUAAAGAUAAUUUCUAUUCCAAUGAGACAAUGAAAUUAAAAUGAUUUUAAAAGUGCACUUUUAUUAUUGUACUUAAAUGUUGAAAAAUGAUUUUUAUCAAAAAUCUGGAAUUUAAAGCAAAAUUGUGAGCAUGAUGUGCUGAUAUAGAUUCCCUUAGUAGAUUAGAAUUUUAAUCAUAUCAUAAUAUAUUGUCUUUCUUGUGAUAUUUAUUAUGGCUUAAUUUCUUUAUUGCAAUGUUUUCAGCCAUUUACGCUCUUUUUCUGCUUUGAACUUCAGAUUUUUGUUUAAAAAAUUUUUGUUGAAUAAUAAACUAAAAGCAUUCUUUAACCUCUUAAUCGUUGUGCCUAUCCAUCAUAUGUUCUUCAAAUUGUCGCCUGUGAAACUUAUAGCUGAAAAUAAAUCAUUCAAACAGGCUAUAAUUUAACACAAAAUUACAUUUAAUCCAUAAAUGCUUAAGAAUUCUUUGGAUUCUUGAUUGAAUCGAUAAGGUAGCACAUUUCCAUAAUGGUAGGUCUUAACUAAUUAGAUUUUAAAAAAUAAAACGGUCAAGGGGUUAAAGACUAAGCAUUGAUGAGUAAAAAAUAUAUAUUUUAUUAUUAGUAUGGAAUCAUGUAAUCAAUUUUUCUCAAAUUCACUACCAGGUGGUGCUUGUUACAUAAAAUCAAAAUUAAUAUUCAUUGGUAAUUAAUUUCUGCAAAUCUUAAAACAUUAUCUUGUCAUCAGGAAUAUACAGCUGUGAAGAAACUCGGCACAUCAAAGGUGAAUGGAAAAUCGAUUACAAAAUUCCAUCUUUGCUAAGAUGAAAUUUACGAAGAUGCAAGUAGUUAACUAAUUCUUUCUACACACUUUUCGUUAUUUCUUGACCACUAUGUAAAAUUCAGUCAGAUGCAGUGCCAUAUUAUUAAAUUAAUAAUCAAAAUGUAUAACUAUGCAAUAUUUCAAAUGUAUACAAUGUGUAACUACAAAUAAUUACAAUAAUAUAGGUCCAUCUUAAUGUUAUUUUAUAUAAAACGUAGAAAUUUUUGGAAAACUUAUUUUUUAAACUUAUAAUGUGCAGUAAUCUCUGUACUCUAAAUUUAAGACAUUUUGUAUCGGGUAAGAUGACUUACUGCUCUCUCCCAGUUCCCAAUCAACGAAAAUCAUUGUAAGAGUUGAAUAUGCUGUGCAUGCUUUAUGGCCUUUUCAUAAAUGUAGUGAAAAUUUUGUCAGAUUUUGUAAAAGACCGGGCCCUCAGGGUUUGUCCUCUGAUCAGUCUAGUACUUAAAUUCUGUUGGGCAAUAACUUUUAUUUAGUGCCUUUGCUAGUGUGAAAUAAUGCAAUAUCUUUUUGAUAAAUGUGAUUCUGUGAUCUUAUAUAUUUCUGUAAAAUAGCAAAAUGAUUUGGUUAAAGAAUCUUUGUAAUCUUAAAUUUAAGACAUUUUAUACUGGGUAAGGUGACUCGUUGCUUCUUCCCAUUCCCAAUCAACGAAAAGUAAUGUGUAAAAGGUGAACGUGCUGUAUAUCAUUAUGGCCUUUUUAAAAAUUGUUGUGAAAGGCUGGGCCCUCAGGGUUUGUCUUCUGAUCAGUCUGGUACUUAAAUUCUAUUGGGCAAUAAGUUCUAUUUAGUGCCUCAGCUAAUGUGAAAUAAAGCAUUAUCUUUUUGAUAAAUGUGAUUCUGUGAUCUUAUAUAUUUCUGUAAAAUUGGAAAAUGAAUCAGUUGAAGAAUCUUGUACUCAAAAUUGUAUUGCAUAAGUUGGCUCAUUGUUUCUUCCCAUUCGUCAAUUAACGAAAAUUAUUGUAAUGGUUGAAUAUGAUUUUCAUGCAUUACAGCCUUUGUCAAAAUUUUAGUGAAAGUUUUCUGAGAUUCUGUGUAAGACCAGGCCCUCAGGAUUAAUCGCCUCUAAUCAGUCUAGUACUUAAAUUCUAUUCAGCAAUAAGUUCUAUUUAGUGCCUCUGCUAAUGUGAAAUAAUACAUUAACUUUCUGAUAAAUGUGAUUCUGUGAUCGUCUUAUGUAUUUCUGUAAAACAGGGAAAUGAUUUAGUGUAAGAAUGUUCUGCAAUUAUUGUCUUAUUAUAAAUGGAAUGACAGCUAAAGAAGCAGCUCCAUGUGAAUUGAAGGCCUCCUAAUCAUGCAACUUCCUCAAAAGUUUCCUUGGAAACACUUUUCCAGACAAUAAAAAUAUCAAAUCUUAUCUAAACAUUCUAGUUUUUUUUUUGGUCAUUCAACAUCAUGUAAAUAAUAGUGAGUGAAUGAGUGCAAAAAUUUAAACAUGAUAUGAGUAAUAAGAAUUUUAGUGUUAUUUUCUCGUUUUCAUUUCUGUAGAAUUUAUUUCUGGCUUUUAGUUCUCUGUAAAGGUAACUUAAAAUACAAAUUUUAUCCAAUUUGCUCAAAUAAAUGAGAGAUUUAUUUUGUUUCA